AUGGCAAUAAAAAUAGUGAGAACUAGAAGCAUUCAUGCCCUCUUGAAUAGUUCAGUUUCGACUUGGUUAACCCAAAAAACCUCGCAAAAAACUCAACUCACUAAUUUCGCAAAAUAUUCAAACAAUGUAAAUACAUGUAAAUUUAGUGUGAGUGCAGUGGUAUCAGGUAGUGCAGGUCACGCUGAAACUACCAGUACAACACAAGGUUUAUCGAAAUUACAAGCUCAAGAAUUGAUCCUGAGACUCAAUGGAGAAGAGAGAAAUAUUUUAAUGACAGCACUCCACGAGUAUCAAUCUAAACUAGUCAAAGAUGAAUAUGAAGGUCAACUAGCAGCCUCGAGAUGGAGGAGCAAAUUCGGUAGACCUAGCAAACUGCCCAGGCUUGGUGAUGUGGAUCCCACGGGAACUUUUUGUACAUUCCCGGAAGACUGGCUCAAGAAGAAGAUGGUGGCAUCUAUUCCUAGACCGACUACAAGAAACUUGGUGGAUAUUGGUAUAGCAAAUUCCAUUCCUUUCAUUGGAUUCGGCUUCCUUGACAACUUCUUCAUGUUGAUUUUUGGUGACUACAUAGACCUGUACUUGGGUUCAUACUUCUGUUUAACGACAAUGGGGGCAGCAGCCUUGGGCAACACUAUUUCCGACAUAUUGGGUAUAGGAUCAGCCUUUUACGUUGAAAGGUUAGCCAACAGAAUAGGGUUCAGUCCUCCCAAAUUGUCCCCAAUGCAACUAGACAUGACCUGUUCUAGAAAUGCUGCCAACGCUGGCAGAGUUCUCGGGGUGACGCUGGGAUGCAUACUUGGGAUGUGUCCGCUGCUUUGGAGGAAAAAAAAGGAAGAGAUAGACGACGAUUUAGAGAUGAAUAUAUUAGCGAAUAGUUAA